UAUGCGAUCGGAGCUACCGUUCUGUACUGGUAUUCGUGCGUGCUUUCGUAUGAAGUUUGAAAGAUGUGUCUAGGCCGAUAAAAUAUUUUGUUCGUAUUCCGAAAAAAAUAAACAUAGUGGGGAAAAAUUGACAAUGUCAUCCCAUCAUGGAUCUCCAUUUUCAUCGGCGUAUUUACAUGACGAGUAUGACUUUGACGAUGAAAUCAACGACGAAGACUUGGACGAAGAUCGCGAAAAUGAUGAACAAGAAGAAAGUGAUGAAGAUACUGAAGAAGCAAGUGAAACAGAUAUGGGGAAGUCCGAAGAAUACACGGAAAUUAAAGAACAAAUGUAUCAGGACAAACUAGCCAGUCUGAAAAAGCAGCUUCAGCAACUAAAGGAUGGUACACAUCCUGAGUACAAUCGUAAAUUGAAGAUUCUUGAUGCUGCUUACAAAGAAAGGUUGCAUCUUAAUGUUAUCCAUAAGGAUUAUUUGAUAGAAUGUGUUGAAAGGGACUAUGUAAUUGAGAAGAAAGCUGCUGUAAAAGAAUUUGAAGAAAAGAAAAUAGAGCUCCGAGAAACUUUAAUAUCAGAUAUGGAAGAAAAACGUAAACUCAUAGAGGCUGAACGUCACACCAUGGAACUGACAGGGGAUUCAAUGGAGGUGAAACCUGUCAUGACGCGGAAGCUCCGGCGACGUCCAAAUGACCCAGUUCCAAUUCCAGAGAAGCGACGCAAACCACCACCAGCACAACUUAACUACCUUCUGGACGAGAAGGAUAUUGAAGGAGACUUGAAAAUCAUUAGCCGGGGGAAGUUGCUUGGUCCCAUUAGAAAACCUGCACUUGUUCCUUCUUCUGGUUUGUCAUCAUUGGGACUUUCACUGCCUGAUAAUUCUCUUCCUGACACUAGAAUCGAGGACGGAAAGUUGCUGUAUGAACGAAAAUGGUAUCAUCGAGGGCAGCCAGUGUACGUAGAAGGAAAAGAUCUUCCUCGUUUCUCAGCCAUUAUUUCUGCCAUUGGCACAGAGGCUAUUUGGGUUAAGAAAACGGUGGAUGGUACCAAAGUACGGAUUUACACUUCGCAGUUGAGUCGUGGAAAGAUUUCAAUCAAACGCAGAGCUUCAUAAUAUUUUAUCUUGCAAUGAAGCGUGUUUGGAAUGCAUCGUGGUAAAUCAUUAGCCAUGUUUCCAAGGUCUGGCAUCCGAACUGACUGAUGGAAAUAUUCCAAAUAGUUAUUAUCUUACAAUUACAAGGAGAUAUACAAUAGGUUCUUCUGCGCUAUCAAAGGUAAUAUGACAUAAAAUUUUGAUAUUUUCUAACGUCUCCUCUGGCUUCUUUUUCAUUAUAGCCAUGGAUAUAUGCCUGUAGUUAUACCAUUAAGAUAUUCCAUUAUAUUAUUAUAGGAAUAAAUGUUUUAGUACAAGAUGAAAAUUAAUGACUGUGCUGUUGCAUAUCCUAAUCAUUUGAAAAGUCUAGAAAAGCUUUACUGGGUGUCACGUAUGCUCUAUCUCUUAUCAUUUAUAUAGAUUCUGUAACUUCGUAUGUCUUUGAAGGCAGUAUCAGUCUUAUAAUGUCAGCCUUUUUAAUAGUAAUUAAAUUUGUAUAAGUCAGUAUUAAACAGAAUGGUUUCUUUAUUCUUUCAGUAAAUUUUAAUGGAAUGUAGGUUUCCCAAUAUUAAGAAAAGUACUUUGUAGUCACCAAAUAAAAUUACAGUUAUUUGAGAAGAAUAAUCGUAAAAAAAUAAACAUGUUUAAGUACAUUGUUUUCAUUUAGGUCAGGGUUAUUAAGUUUAAUGUUCGUGAAAGUUUUUUGGUCUAAAGAAUACUGACGAAUCCAAAGAAGAUACUAAAAGGCAUAGUUACAAGCUGCAACUGUAAUCUUGAGACUUGCGGGGUGAGGAAGUAUGGUGAAGGAGGAAAGGUAGCCUCUGCCUUUAACGCUUAGGACUUCCUGCAUUCCUUGCAAGACUCAAGAUUACAGUCGUGUACUGUAUAAACAAGAGUGGGGAAGUGUGCAUAUCUAGUGAUUAUAAACAGUAACUAAAUAGCAGGAAGUUUGUCGACUGUUUUGGUGGCUCAUGUUUUAUUAUUUUACCAAUAAGUUUCAUGCAAGCAUUUAUAGUGUUUAUUCAAAUAAUUUUCUAUCAGGUAAUAUGACAAAAAUUUAGACCCGUAAAUAAUGUGAACCUUAGAAUGAAUGUAAGUGUAUUAAACCUGUACAUGACAUUACUCUUUUUUAGAAGUCCCAUAUAUUGCGGAUCAUCAAACCUGAUCAAUAUAAUUUACAAGAGACAUAAAAGUUAA